AUGUCGAGUACAAAUGUGGAUCUAGUGGCCUUCGAAAAUAAGUGUGACACCUGCACAAAUAUGUGCUACUAUGCGGCAGAUGUUCCCAAAUGCGUCAAAGACUGCAUGCGAGAAAAUCAACGAUCCUGCAGCAAUGGCUACUUAGGCCUCAUUAUUUCAAGAGGUGAUGUUGGCGGAUCUUACUAUGGCGGUGACGUUUACGAAUCUCGAUACGAAGGGAUAACAUGCGGUGGCUAUUGCUACUACGGCUAA